CCUACGCGCUUCCUUUCUACAUCAACCCACCACGACGAAACUCCAUUUGCACCCUCACCCAACAUGGUCGCCUCAACCUCGGCAUCUUUUGAGAACUUUGUCAAGCAGACAAGGGAGAAGAAGAAGAACGAAGCCCUCGCGCAGCAGUUCCUAGGCGGAGCCAACCGAGGACGGAAAGCGAACGCAUCAGGCGCUGGUGGACGGUCGCGCGUCGAGUCCGAGAAGCCUUCAUUGCUCAGCCGGAUAAACGGGGGUGCCGGCGUCCAAAAGCGAUCAUCGAGCGCAAAACCAGCGGGCAGCAUCGAGGGGAAAUGGCAGCAUGAUCUGCAUAAGCUGAACAAUCCCCGUGGCGCAGCCAACAACAGAAACACCCUCGCUCGGACGGCUUCAGCAUCGCAGGUUGAGCGCAACAGUAGGACGUACGGCAAAUUUGCUCCCGUUAUCGGUCAAGGUGCAGCAGGCUUCAGCAUUCGAGGUGUUGCGACUGGAGGCCCGUGUACCGUCAUCGCGAGCAACUUUGCACCUGGAACCACAGCCGCGGAUAUCGAAGCCGUCAUGAGCCCAAUUGGCGGAGAGACGCUGGGCUGCAGACUUUUGUCUUCCAACCCGACCGUCAUGGUUGAACUACAGUUUGCAAGCAGAGACGGGGCCGAGAAUGUUAUUGCAACAUUCAACAACCAGAAGGCUGAUGGAAGACUACUCUACGUCUACAUGAAGGAUGUUCCUGCGAGCACCCACGUAGCGCAACCCCGAGCACCGCCCGCUCGCCUGACACAAUCCAUGGAUGACAUGGACGUUGAUACCAACGCGGGCGCACAAACCGGUAGCUACCAAGAUGGCCGAUUCGGCUUCAGCGACGCUGGUCGCAGGGAACCACCGCGCGGUCCCCGCCGACGAUACUAGAGCUUAAGCAUCAGCGCACAUCUUCUUCGAUUUCCCCUGUACGAUACCCUUUCACCAACGAUAGCGAUGAACAGACUCCACUCGGCGGGGGCUCUAAAUCAAUGACAUGCAGAUGAGCCGUGUAGUAUUGGUUUUUGUUUCGGAGACAUAAGCAGGGAGUUAGGUUACAUAGACAUCGUAUGCUCUAACGACUUCCUCGCAAAGGAUCUGGUAUCUAGAAUACAUCUUUAAUUAUGGACGCAUAUCAUCUCUCUCUUUGCCGUAUUCCUGUCUGUUUUCGCCUCGGGGGAACUACUUGCUGGACCAACCUGCAAUAGCAGCAUCGACCUCGUUCCUGUACCUUUGUUGUCCCUCACACAGCUCCAGGAACACCUUGUACUUAGCGUCCAAUAACUUCUUGACUGUCUUGUCGGCUAGUGGCUUCACAGUUUUUCCAGGCUUGCUCAGUCUGUCCAUGAUGUCCCAAAGCGGUUCACUGUU